AAAGUCGCUCCACCCAUUUCACCCCGAUAUACCUCGUAUAUCGAUAAGGCAGUCGGGCUUGCUUCCAUGCGCUGAUGCACGGGUCGGCUGACAGCAUGCUUGGUAUGUUUUCGGUGCGUUCAUUCACGCUCAGCAGUUCUAUAAGUAAAGCUGUAGCUCACAUAUCUAUGUUCUGCCAUCUAAAUCGUUAUGGACGUCUCUAACACCCAAAUUGCAGUCGCCCUAGGCGCAGUCAUCGUUGCCUACGGGCUGUACCGCCGUGCAUCGCGCAUCUCAGUCUCAGACCUCGCCGGACCAAGCCCCAGCUCUUUCUUACUCGGUAAUCUCAAGGAACUUUAUCAAGGGCUGGUUGGAGACGCCGACUUGGAAUGGACCAAGCUCUAUGGAGGCAUUGUGCGGUUUAAGGGAGCCGUUGGCGAGGACAUGCUUCUCGUGUCCGAUCCCAAAGCACUACAGUAUAUUAUCUCAAGCGCGGGCUACAACUUCCCAAAGAUGAACGAUGGCCGUGUCAUUUCUAGAAUGAUUAGUGGGAGAGGCAUCCUAUGGGCAGAAGGUGACAGCCACAAGAGACAAAGGAAAGUUAUGUCGCCGGGGUUCGGCGCGAAGGAGUCGAAGGCCUUCUUGCCUACUUUCCUAGACUCCGCCGAAUUGAUGUCGUCGAAGUGGAUGGAAGAGUUGGGCUCCGCCAGUACUUCCUCGGUGGAGCUCAAUGUGCAGGAGUGGGUAUCGAGAGCCACGCUAGAUGCUAUGGGCGAAGCUGCUUUUGACUACAAGUUCAAUACGCUACAUGGUGACGAAAAUCCCCUCGCCAAGGCUUACAGUAACUUCUUGAAGGAAGCUUUCGGUUUUCCAUCUGACUCUCACCUCUUGUCGCAAGCCUUGUCAAGAUAUCUUCCUUUCGAGGCCCUUGAGUGGUUGAGCGACCACAUGUCCAGCGACAAGCUUGUCCGCAUGCGCCAGACCAAGGAGGUAUCUGUGGGCGUCGCAAAGGGUCUAGUCAAGGACAAGGCGGAAAUGAUCACAAAGGGCGCUGGAAGCAAGGACGUGUUCAGUCUCCUCCUGAAAGCGAAUAUGGAUACGGAAGCAAGAGCGAAGCUGACAGAGGAAGAACUGUACUCUGCUAUGCACGCACUGAUGACGGCCGGUCACGAGACGACAGCAGCGACGAUCUCCUGGCUUCUUUGGAGAAUGGCUAAACACCCUGAGGUCCAAAAGAAGGUUCGUGCUGAAAUCCGACAAGUCGAAGCCACGACCCGUGCGCGCGGAGACUCUCAAUUCAGCAUGGCCGACCUAGAGUCUAUGACGUAUACCCUGGAUGUGAUGAAGGAAUCUCUGCGCAUCGACAACGUCGACUUCCACGUCCACCGAUGUGCCGGCCAGGAUGAAGUAAUCCCUCUCUCAAAGCCACUGACAACGCGCUCUGGAAAGGUCAUCACGGAGGUUCCGGUCCCGAAGGGCACUGGGAUCAUAGCAUCUGCCAUCGCUUACCACAGGAAUCCUGAGAUAUGGGGCGAGGACGCGAAUGAGUUCAACCCGGACCGAUGGGAAACCAUCGGCGAACGUGCGCAGCGCGGCCCCACCGUUGGCGUCUACGCGAACCUGAUGACCUUCCUCGGUGGGGUGCGGUCCUGUAUCGGCUGGCGCUUCGCCUUGAUCGAGAUUCAAGCGUUCUUCGUGCAUACCGUGAACAACUUCGAGCUCUCGCUCACGGACAAAGCCGAUCGUAUUCGGCGUUCGCCGUGCCUCAUCAUGGUGCCGACUGUCGAGGGCGAGGAGGAGAAGGGCGCUUACCUGCCGUUGCAAGUCAAGGUUGCUCCUCGUGAGGACAACUGAUUGGUGACCGAGAAGUGUCAAAUGUUGUCUCUUUCAGCAGAGAUGACUGUACAUCCAUCCGCCUUGUUCGCACCACAUAUACGUUGUUGACGUCCUUCUACUAUGCUUGCUGCGUUUCAAGACUGUACUACACCUCCC